AAUUAUAUAAAGCUUGAAUUUUUCAGAUUUGUACUCUAUCUCUGCAAAGAAGCCAGUAAGCGAUACAGGCAACCAUGGAUUUCACUCCGCUCACAGAGGCAUUGUCCUCCAAAUCCUAUGAUAAGAUUUCUGAUAUCUGCGACGAACUCAUGCUCAAGUUCGCAGCUGAGGGGAUUCCUUUUCAGGACGAAUGGCCUUAUCAGAUUCAUCUUCUUGGCCACAUUUAUGUUAAUGAUAUUAACAGUGCUCGAUUCCUCUGGAAAUCAAUACCCUCCGCUAUCAAAGAAAGCCAGCCGGAAGUGGCUGCUGCUUGGAGAAUUGGGCAGAGAUUAUGGACACGUGACUAUGCAGGCGUGUAUGAGGCUAUCCGUGGUUUUGAUUGGAGUCAAGAAACUCGGGUUCUUGUUGCUGCAUUUUCUGAGGUUUACACCAAGAGGAUGUUUCAGUUGUUGCUGUCUGCUUAUUCAACAAUAAGCAUCGAAGACACUGCUCGCUUUUUGGGAAUGAAUGAGGAUGAUGCUGCAAACUAUGUACUGCAGCAAGGUUGGACUGUUGAUCCUGCAUCCCGGAUGCUAACUGUAAAGAAGCAGCUGAUUGUGACAGAACAGAAACUGGAUUCUAGUAAACUACAGCGUUUGACAGAAUAUGUAUUCCACCUUGAGCAUUAGUCAUACAUAAAAACUUGUAAAAACCGUUAUCGACUACCCGAGUUAUUCAGAUCUCUAGAGUAAAUGAGUAAAUGCUUGGAAUAUGUUCAGAACAAGUAUGUGCAGCAAGUAUAUUAAAGAUUCAGUUUUUCCCCAUAA